AUGGAGGGAGAGUAUAUACUGGAUGAGAUUGAAGGCAAAGCGGCAGAGUCGGUCACCACAAUUUCUGAGACCAUUCCGCAACUUGUUCGUUCCAAUAAGGUCUUAAGUCCCGGUCGUUUGAAGUUGACUCCUGAUCCAAUAUCGCUGAUGAUUCAUCAAAAAAUGGAACCUGAAGCCUUCGUUAAUUUGCUACUUGAUCAUGUCGAGUCAAAAGCUGUAAUUUCAACAGAAUAUAACUAUUUACAUUUGCAUACUUGGGAGGUCGCGCCUGAAAUUGCCGCUAGGCUUCCAAGUACAUAUAAGUCAUAUCAAAACAUCCUUUUGACUUAUAUUUGUUCAAAUAAUAUUGUGCCUGACGGUGACUUAACGUUCAAUGGAAAUUUUCUUGCUCAUGUUUUAGCAAAAAGAUUACGCGAAUCGGCAAAUCCCAAAACAUACACAUCGAUAUUGAAAUUUUUCAAUACAUUCGAGUUUCCGAAAAACUUUUGUCGACCAAGUCUUGAGCUGUUGAUAAUACAAGUUUUUGAUGAUAGUGAAAUACCGGGACAAACAAUUCAGUGGUUACUAUCAUUUAUAAGAGAUCAGGCUGGAUGGCUAUAUUCAAUUAAUUACGAAGAAGUCGACGUAGAUGCUGCGGAAAUUCAAAGAAUUAAAAAUUUUCGUGCUUUUCUUUCUGAAAAAUUUUGCAAGAUAUCGAAAACUUUGUUAUAUGAAGAUCUUGAGCUCUUACGAAUGGUACAAGGAUUUUCCAAGGUUAACGAUAUUAAAGUAAAACCAGAUGUUACUAAUGAAGAAAUACUUAUUUCUCAUAGAUUACAUGCAUGUCAAAAUAUUUUAGAUAUUGUUACGCUUCAUCCAAGUGAAUAUCGAAUACUUCAAUCGGACCUUCAUAAAGUUAUUUCACGUCAAGAGAUCACAAAAUUACGCCCGCUUCAUAUUAUGUAUGCUGAAUUUCCCUGCCAAAUCGAUCUUCUGUUAAAUCAAUUAAGAUUUGAACAAUUGAUAACAUUCCAGGAAAUUGAUUCGUUGAAAUUGAAGCCUUUUCUGGCAACUUUAAUGUAUAAUAAUAUCGUGAACGAAUAUUUGGAUCGUCUUGAGCUUUUAGAGUUAGAGCUUGCACAAAAUCUCAAAAACAAUCAGGAUAUUUCAGAUUAUCAAUACUCUGAUGUUUUCAAUCUAUCACCUAAACAUCAAACCGAAUGGAAUCCUAUUUAUGAAACCUUUUUAACCUUAAAAAGAGAUGAAAUCGUUCUUUUACUAUUGGAUAUUGCUGAAUUCGCUAUGAAUGUCCCGUUCAGGUUUAUGAUGAGAGUGAUUCUUACUCUGUCGUUAUUGCACAGAUUAUGCAGAGAAAAAUAUCACAAUUUCUUAAAUGAUUCCAAUUUAUCGAACAAGGAUGAUUUUAAAGAAAUUAACCGAAUAAUACUUGAUAUUUGGUUGUCAUCAUUUUCUCGACUUCGAAUUUCAAGAUUUUCUUUCUCUCAUCAAACCAAUUCAUCUGUAGUGCUAAAAAAUUUACAAACUCUUACAACGCUAUUUAUUUUUACUUUUUACGCGUCAUCACACUUAAUUUGGUUUCAAUAUUGUUCUACUUCAGCAUUUCCUGAUACAGAAGAAAAUGUGUUUAGAUCAACUUUGACUUUAUUCAUAGAGAAUCUUAGUAAAAUAUUUAAAAUUGUAUUAGAUAAUGACCUUGGAGAAGAAAGAAAAAGUAUUGAAGCAUUAAUUCAUAUAAUAUUUGAUAAAUUAGGAUUUGAGAUACCUUUAGAAGCAAUUCUUAAAGAAACAAAACAUUUGUUAGAGGUAGUUGAAAAAGAUGUAUAUUGUGAUUUAUUGGAAAUACGUAUACGCAAUGCUAUUCAAGAAAAAUCAAAGUAA